AACGUGCCUGAGGUUCCCCCUCCCCCCCAGCCGCAGGAGGCCCGCAGCUCUGCGGUGAAGGAGCUGAAUCCCAAGGCAGAUGACUAUCUGGUUAACCUGCUGGGCUUCGUGGAGGAAAAGCUGCUGAAGCUGCAGGCGCAACUCGAGAGCCACAACGUGCCGGAGAUGCUGCGCAACAUCGCAGACCGUGAGUUCUACGCCAGCCUAGAGGGAAAACUGCCCACGUAUAACACCCGCAUCGCCCUACCCCUUACUAGUCCCAAGGACAAGUUCUUCGGUCAGUACGGUCAGUACGGCAGGGAAAAGGGGCGGGGCUGGGGGGCCCAAGCAGAGCAUUCGGAGGUGGUCGAAGGCCCCGCUCAGGGCUAA